CGGACAGCCCUAAAAAACAUGGCGGCUCACAGCGGCGCUCCUCGCCGCGCUCUGCGACUCGUUUUGAAAGCAGGCCGGCGGGCCUUUUCUCACAGCCAGGGCGCGGCCGCCCCUCUCAGCGCCCAGCAGCUGGCGGAGAAAAUACGAGCCGAGAAGCAGGAUCAGAAAAAAAAGCAGGCCGAGGUUCCUAAAGACAAAGCAUCACGGCGGGUGCAAGAACUUGCUCAGCUAACGAAGCAGUUGCCGCUUCAUCCUAAUGUGGUGGCCAAGGCACUAAAAAAUGGAAUCCUCUACCUAAACAAAGAGAUUGUGGUGAUUAACAAACCUUAUGGCCUCCUGUUCAUGGUGAGAGGAAUGAGCGUGUGUGGCCCCAAGGUAAAAAUGUGCAUCGCUGAUGUGCUGCCAGUACUGGCAAAGAUGUUGGACGGCAUGAAAGCUGAACCCCUUCAUCUCUGUCACCGGCUGGAUAAAGAAAACGGAGUGAUGGUGCUUGCCAGGGAUGAGAACCCCGCACACCAGAUCCAGCAGCUCUUCAAAACCCGACAGGUGGAGAAAAAAUAUUGGGCGAUCUGCAUUGGAGAACCAAAGCCAGCCGAGGGACUGGUGGAUAUUCCCAUCAUGGAGAAGGAAGCCGCGGGCAACCAAUUGCACUAUAAAAUGACACUUGCGCCAAACUAUCGCGUGUCCUCUGAGGAUGGGAAUAUGUUCAAAGUCCGCAAGCACAGAGAUGCCAGUAUGGCAGUGACCCAGUACCAAGUGCUGAGUAGUUCCUCCUCUUGUUCCCUCCUUGAACUGCACCCAGUCACAGGAGUGAAGCACCAAAUCAGAGUCCACUUGGCCUAUGGCUUAGGCUGUCCAGUCCUUGGAGACCACAAAUACUCCCAUUGGAACAAGCUUGCACCACAGAAGCUUCCAAAGGCUGCAUUGAAGAGGCUGGGCUUGGAACAAGUCAAAGCUCGCCACCUCCCACUUCACCUCCAUGCCUGCCAACUCACUCUGCCUGCAAAAAACGGCAGCGAAGAAGAUAAAAUCCACUUGGUUUGCAAGCCACCCCUGUUCUUCAUUCGCUCCUUACAGCGACUGAAGCUGCAGUUCCCAGAAAUACAAAAUAGUGAACCACAGCAAUGACGGACUGUAUAGCUUUAUUGGAGAAACUUGAUUUCCUUGACCUCCUAGUUCCUGGAAUUCCACUAAGUGCAGAUCUUUUUGGACUCUAAAGUGGCCAACCAUGGAACUGCAAGAUUUGCUUCUCCUAGAAGCCUACAUCGGUCCAGAGAAUCGUUGUGGCAAGUGCUGAGGCUCUGUAUUCAGCUGCCAUGGGAAGUGAAGACAGGGGUCCCAAUAGGUUUCAGACAGGAGUGUUUGAAGAUGCAGUAGUCCUCUGAUAGACAUGGCGAUGGAGACAGCAAUUGAGGCACCUGAAACCCAACCCAGUACAAACAACUUGCUUGAAGAAAUUGACUGGGCAUGAUGUAAUUUUAACAGGGAUUUUUUAAAGAAAGACUCAGUCUGGAGUUUGUUCUGCUGAUGUAAUAGUGAUGGAAGUCAGCUACAUGUUGAGAAGCCCUUGGGUUCAAAUCAUGCCUCUGCUGACUUUAGACAGCUAGACUUUCUCUUAGGCCCAGUUCACAUGUAACACUAAGCCAGACCAUGGCUUGCUUAAUACAAAUGAGUGGUUCUGGGACAGAAGUGCUGCUCCUGCUGCUGUGUGCUAUUGGAACUAAACUAUAUUUUGGUUUAGUGUUGUGUCCAGACUUGAGCGUCCAAACUUACAGCCUGUGGUUUGUGGGUAACCUGUGGGCCUCCAGAUGUUUGCUGGACGACAGCUCACAUCAUCUAUGACUAUACUAUAUGGAACCAAUAAGAGCUGUGGGGCCACAAAUUUCCAACCUCUGCCCUAGUGUAACAUGGAGACUGGCUGCUGGACAAUAUCUAGCCUCUGAUUCUUGCAUUUCAUCCCAAACU